AUGCCGCGCCUACCACCCUCCCUCCUUCGAAAAGCGUAUCGGACAUCCCCCCAUAUCCGCACCCUCCUCCCCGCCACCCGCGACAUCGCCUCCGCCGCCCACGAGCUCCGCUGGAUCAGGGAACACGUCCGCGACCACCCCGCGCCGUCCCAGCGCCUGGCGCGCCUCUGCCGGCGCCGGGGCCGCGGCGAACCACUGCAGUACAUCCUCGGCACGCAGCCCUUUGGCCGCCUCGAGAUCCAAUGUCGCCCGGGCGUGCUCGUGCCGCGGCCCGAGACGGAGGCGUUGGCCGUGCACCUCGAAGGUCUUCUCCGGCGCGGUGCCCUGCCGCUGUCUCGACGCGACGGGCUGAGGAUCGUCGACCUUUGCACGGGCACGGGCUGCAUAGCGCUGUCGCUGUUCGCGGGCCUGCAGGAGGCCGUGCCGCGGCUGCUCGUCCGGGGCGUCGACGUGUCGCCGGUGGCCGUCGCCCUCGCGCGGGCGAACCUGCGGCGCAACGUCGGCGAGGGCCGGCUGCGGGCCGCCGCGACGGCAGAGCAGAGCGUCGACUUUGUCCUCGGUGACGUCUUCGACGCCGCGACUGUCGAGACGCUCGCGCGCGGCGGCGGCCCCUGGGACGUCCUCGUGGCGAACCCGCCGUACGUCUCGCGCGACGUGUGGGCGGCCGGCCGUGGACAGAUGGGCUACUCGGUCAGGAAGUACGAGCCGAGGCUGGCGCUGGUGCCGGGGGACGACGUGCCUGCGUACGAGGGGUGCGCGCACGAGGAUGUGUUUUACGCGCGGCUGCUCAUUGUUGCCGUGGCGCUGGGCGUCCGCGUCGUCCUCUUUGAGCUCGGGGACGAGGGACAGGCGGCGCGGGUGCUGCGGUUGGUGAGGCGGAGAGAGGCGCUUCGGGGGGCUGCGUGCGAGGUCUGGAGGGACUGGCCCGACGUGGCACCGCAGGAGGACGAGGCCAGGGUGAUGAGUGUCGGGGAGGAUGGCGACGACGAGAUUCAAGUGGCCAUCAGAGGCAGUGGGAAUGUGCGGUCUGUCCUGGUUCAGAUCCCAGAGCAUUCAUAG